AUGGAGCAAACCAAAAUGGCCACGAGACCGCCGGUUUCUGACUCGGAUAAGAUUAAUGUGAACCGGAUACUCCAGCGAAAGAGGUCCACGUCGAGAACGCAAAGCAACUACCAUCCGAUUCCUAUUGCAGAGUCCCCAGCACAGGCUAGUUUGCAGCCCCCACAAGCCAAUUCGCAAACGCAGUCGUACCAACAAUCACACUCGCUUGUUCAAUCAGAGCAACCGAAUCAACUACAUAGCCACGUGCAACUCAAAAAGAAUGGCGUGGCCAAGGCUAUCCCGCAGCUGCAGAAACACGUGUAUGUCGUUAAGCUGGUUCCGUUUGAAAGCUCAGGCGGUGAUCUUUUGAAGAUUCUAAAUGUCCCUGUUUUCCCGGAAACGUUAAAGAUUGGAAGACAGAAUGGUCCCAAGGUUCCCAACAAAAUCACCGACGGAUAUUUCGAUUCUAGGGUUCUCUCCAGGACCCACGCGGAACUCUACAUCAAGGAUAAUUUGCUAUAUUUAAGGGAUCUGAAGUCCUCAAAUGGAACUUUUGUGAAUGACGACAAACUGGUUCCUUUACAAGAGUACCAGCUGAAGUUGGAGGAUAAGAUAGACCUUGGCACCACUCUGGAGAACCAACUGACUCAUAAGAAGAUUACCUGUCGGGUCGCAGAACUCAAGCUGGUAGGCCUGGACGAUUACGAUAGCAUAAUCAAAAGUUCGAAGUCGCCGAGUUCUGUGGAAUCCGAGAAACUGGAAUUGUUCAAUGGAGUUCUUGAUUCGCUGAUUUUUGGUGAUGUGAUUGACGAGCAGGAUGAUCCAGUGCUGGAGGCCAUGUUGAAAGAGCUAACUGACCAAGAUCUGGGAAUCAGUCCUGUUGGUCCCGAAGAAGUGAAAGCCCCCGCUCAGAACCAAGAACUCGUUCAAAAUCUCAACAUCAAAAGCAGCUCCAAAGUUGAGGAUGUGAUACGAAAGCUAAUACUAAUGAUCAAUAAUGAAAAUCUGCAGCACCAGAAACUGUCAAGCAUUGCCAACUUCUUGACAGAUUAUACGCAAUCUAUUCCUCGCACAAACAAGAAGGAUAAUGAUGUUGCUGAGAGACUCGCUCUGGAGAAGAGCAUGAAAGAAGAGGGAGUGCGUUGGAAGAACAGAGUGAACGAGGUAGAGACCAAUCUGAAGAGCGUACAGGGCGAGAAUUUGAGUUUGAAGAGAGAUCUUGAAACCGCGCAGUCAGCUAUGAGUGCGCUUCAAUCCCAGGUUGAUGAGAUGGAGAGAGUGGUUUUGGAGUCAGCCACAGCAGUUAAAGCCAACGGUGUGAAUACGAGUCAUGCUGAUUCAAUUGAAGACGCAAGGGAUAUCAUAGGGGAUCAAAUACCUCUUCCUGACGGAGAGAUUUCGAAAGACGAGAGUUUAUUGUCCGAUAAAGUCGUGGAAUCUCCUCUCAAAAAGCUGCCAGAGACUACUCUUCAAGAAGAUAAAGAGGAAAAGCCUGAUAAUGAGCAGUUGUUACUUGCACCUGAGUCUCUAAAGAAGGUGAAUAAUAAUGCGAGUACCGCUAUCGCUCAAAAAGGUGCCCGUUCUUCAAAAUUCGGAUUGUCUUUUCUGGUUCUGCUCACCACAUUCUGUGUCGUAUUCCGACUUCUUCCUCCCGAUUUGAUUCAAUGGGUGUCUACUUAUUUCAAAUGA